AUGUCCACCGCCACCAACGAAGUACUUUCUUGGACAUCUCAAGACCCUCGCCAGAGCCAACUCUUCGGCAGCUAUGGAGUGCUUUACCGCUUCCAGACGGACACCAAUGCUCAAGGCCAGAGCGUGACUACGCUUUGGAGAGCAAUUCGUGCCAACAAGGAAGACCGGGUAGCAAAGCUCGAGUGGGCACCAAACGGGGGACUUGGUCGUGCAGUCAUCGGGAAGAGCACGCUCCCCAUGGCAGACUUAGUUCGCCCGGAUUCCCGCGCCUUUAAUUGCAGGAUGUUCAACGGCCCAGAUGGUUAUCAAUAUCGCUGGAAACCAAGUAACAACCCAACUAAUGAUAUCAUCCUGCAAGAUCAUAACGACAACGUUAUCGCGUUCUAUCGUCCGACACGACCACAACGGUAUAAUAUUGGCGACGUUUACGGAGAACUCCACUUUGUCCGCAAUGCGGGCGCGGGUGUUGUGAUGCACCCUCCCCUCAUGGACACAGUGACCGUAACGGCAAUGUUGUAUCGAUUCGUAAUCGCUUAUGGUCUAUAA